UGUCCCUCGUCUCGGUGCCCUCGCCUCUCCCUCAAAAGAUACAUAGACACUAUAAUACUCCUUUUCUAGAAUUUACGACCAGUCAUGAAGAUCAGCCACAAAAUCGAGCAGGCCGCCAAGGAGGACCGCAUUUGGUGGUCUUUCGAAUAUUUCCCACCCCGCACGGCGCAGGGUCUCCAAAACCUUUUGGACCGUAUCGAGCGCAUGCGCGCACUGGGCCCUGAGUUCGUUGACAUCACAUGGAACGCGGGAGGACGGUCGUCGGAGCUCACGUCAGAGCUUGUCAAGACGUGCCAGAAGCUGAUUGGUAUCGAGACGUGUAUGCAUCUCACCUGCACGGGCAUGCCGAAGGAGAAGGUGGACACUGCACUGAGGGAAGCGAAGCAGCAUGGAUGCCGUAACGUCCUUGCGCUACGCGGUGACCCACCAGUCGGCAAGGAGUGGGAGGCCGUCGAGGGAGGCUUCUCCUACGGCGUCGAUCUCGUGCGGUACAUCCGCGCCGAGUAUGACGACUACUUCGAUGUCGCGGUAGCGGGAUACCCACAGACCCAGACGCUACCCCCGGCUGAGGCUGCGCGCGAGAUGCAAUACCUCAAAGACAAGGUCGACGCCGGCGCGAACUUCAUCUUUACGCAGAUGUUCUACGACAUCAACAUGUUCGUCGCUUGGGUCAAAGCCGCCCGGGCUGCCGGUAUCACCGUGCCCAUCGUUCCCGGGAUUAUGCCGAUCCAGACGUGGAACGGUUUCCAGAAGGCGACGCAAUUGGCCAAGAUCACGGUCCCGCAAUUUUUCUUGGACGAGCUGGAGCCGCACAAGAAUAACGAUGAGAAAGUUAGGGAGCUUGGCACGAAGCUUGUCGCCAAAAUGUGUAGGCAGAUCCUCGCUGCGGACAUAGGCAUCAAGGGCCUCCACUUCUAUACCAUGAACCUUGAGAAGGGCUGCAGGUUGCUGUUGGAAGAGCUCAACCUUGUUCCCCGCGUUGAAGUCGUCAAGCCCCUUCCCUGGAGGCAGUCGCUCACCCCCAACCGUCGAACGGAGAACAUCCGCCCGAUCUUCUGGGCGAAUCGCACCCGUUCCUACCUCUCCCGCACGGAGAACUGGGACGAGUACCCGAACGGUCGUUUCGGAGACUCGCGCUCGCCCGCGUACGGUGAGCUCGACGGGUACGGCAUCUGGAUCAAGCAGUCUAAGGAGGACGCACUCAAGCUCUGGGACACGCCGACGACCGUCGAGCAGAUCCGCGCGCUCUUCACCAAGUUCUGUCUCGGGCAGCUCUCAGCGCUCCCUUGGUCGGACACGGCGCCGUCGAGUGAGACGACGAUCAUUGCGCAGCAGCUUGCGAAGCUGAACGAGCUCGGCUUCCUCACCAUCAAUUCGCAGCCUGCCGUCGACGGCGCGAGGAGCGACGACCGUGUGCACGGAUGGGGACCCGCGAAUGGCUAUGUCUACCAGAAGGCGUAUCUUGAGUUCUUCGUGCCUCCAGAGUUGCUGGAACUACUCAUCCCGCACAUCGAGCGCGACAUCAACAUCACAUACUACGUGAUCAACGCUCGGGGCGACCUCCGUACCAACACCCACUCUGAGGGACCCAACGCUGUUACUUGGGGUGUGUUCCCAGGCAAAGAGAUCGUCCAGCCGACCAUAGUCGAAGCUAUCAGCUUUAUGGCGUGGAAGGACGAGGCAUACGAGCUCGGCCGUCAGUGGGCACAGUUCUAUGAACCCGACUCAUCCUCGCGGCAGCUGAUUGACGAGAUGAUGAGCACAUACUACCUCGUAAACGUCGUCCAUAACGACUACAAGAAGCCCGACGCCAUCUUCGAGCCGUUCUUCAAGGCUGGCGCCGAGUACGCAGCCAAGCACACCGCUACUAACGGUACCGCCAACGGGACCGCAAACUAGGUGCACCAUCGCGCCUCUGGACAUCUUUACUAUCCUUUUCCUCUCAAUCUCUGCCUUCGCGGCGCGUCUGGAAACAUGGCAGUUCACUGGACUGCCAGCCCACGGUUGGCUUGCUCUAUUUUUUCCAAGCAUCGUCACCGGGUUCAACCCCCACUGUCCUUCUCCCCCCCUCUCCGCUCUGUUGAAACGUCAAUGAUACUCACAUACUCAUCGGCCUCCUGCCCGACUCAAUCUAUUUGUAGCUUUCACGCAUCAGUCGUCACGUUGCAUUCGCAUCCCAGCAUCCCACUCCCCGCAUCGACAUCCAACAUGUGUACAUACAUCUCAUCACAAUUGCAUCAACUGCAUCAUCGGGAGCUCAUCCUCUCGACCCAUCCCAUCCUACAGCGGUGACCUUUUUGGUUGGGACUAUCGUUAUAUCGCUGUUGUAGGGACAUUCUGCAUCCAACUGCAUGUAUUUUAUUGCUUUUAUCUCAUCGAACGCAUGACCAUGCUCUACGGGUCAAAUGUAAC